UUGCUGGGAGAUUGGGGCAGGUUUAUAUAAGGAAGCUCUGUGCUAAAUCUGAAGAGACCAUUGUUGAGGCAGGACUUGAUGUGGGACUCUCAGUGGAGGGAAUUAGAAGAACUGCAGCAGCUGUUGGGAAUCUCUCCAUGUGAGGGGCCCAGCAACCGUGUGUUUAAGCCCAGGGAAGAUGCCUGAGCCACAAGAACUGUGAGAAGGAGCCCAGGUGGGCUGUGCUAACGCAUUGCGGGGUCCCUGCAAAAGAGACUGGUGAUACUGGAAGUGGUGCUAGGAGCUGUAAAGCAGAGUGUAACUCGUAGGUAAAGGGCAGCCAGCUCUUUCCUGGCUUUCAGUCCUGGGGCUGGGCCCUGCUACAAUUCCACCUAGAUGAGAUGAUGUGAAAACACCUGUGGCCCAAGGGUGAAGGAACUUUUGUGAGCCCUACACCAACAGGCAAAGCGUUAUUUUACUGUUUAGCCUGGGGAGGGUGUAUCUUGACUGGCAGCCUUCUGCACUGAGGAGUGAAAGCUGUGGCCCAGAACAAGCUAGAGACAAAUGUAUGUUGUUAAGGAGUUCCGCUGACCCUGGAGGGUCAGAACUUCAUUGCUUUCCCCAGAGAGCCCAACCACCCAAGAUCAAGGGGAAACUGAGGCACCAAACUGGAGUGGAAACUGAGGCAGCAGAAACAUCCUGAUGCUGGAGCAGGAAGCUGUGCGAGAUCAUGAUGCAGAGGGCAAAACACCCUCCUAAAGCCUCCGGUUUUAUCCUCUACGAAGAAGAGACUCUGCUGGGGAUGUAAAAUGGAGUUCUGAAUGUUUCAGUGCUGGAAGGGGCAAAUGCUCACCAGACAACUCCACGGCAGGACUCUUCACUUCUGCUUUAUUAGGAAUACAGGAGGAAAAAAAGGACUUGAAGCAGGUCUAGCCAAGCCCAUGGGACUAGUUGAAGGUCCAGGAGGCUUGGGCCAGGGAGGAAUGGCUGCUACCUUGAGAGAUGACAGUCAUGAAUCUGAGACUAAGUACGAAGAAUAUGGUUACAAUGCCCAGCUCAGUGACAGGAUAUCACUGGAUAGGUCCAUUCCUGACUACAGACCAAAAAAGUGCAAACAGAUGAUCUAUUCCGAUGACCUGCCCCAGAUCUCGGUGGUCUUUAUUUUUGUAAACGAGGCUCUGUCUGUCAUCUUGCGCUCAGUGCACAGUGUUGUGAACCAUACCCCAUCCCAUUUGCUCAAGGAGAUCAUUCUGGUGGAUGACAACAGUGAUAACGUUGAGCUGAAGUUUAAUCUGGACCAGUAUGUCAAUAAGAGAUACCCAGGCCUGGUGAAGAUAGUACGCAAUAACAAACGGGAAGGACUGAUUCGAGCCAGAAUCCAAGGCUGGAAAGCAGCAACUUCUCCCAUCGUUGGUUUCUUCGAUGCUCAUGUUGAGUUCAACACUGGCUGGGUGGAACCGGCGCUUACCCGGAUCAAAGAAGAUCGAAAGCGAAUCAUCCUGCCGGCUAUUGACAACAUCAAGUACAACACUUUCGAAGUGCAGCAAUACGCCAAUGCUGCCCAUGGCUACAACUGGGGACUCUGGUGCAUGUAUAUAAUCCCGCCCCAGGACUGGCUCGAUAAAGGGGACGAGUCUGCUCCUAUCAGGACGCCAGCAAUGAUUGGAUGUUCGUUUGUGGUGGACCGAGAGUACUUCGGAGAGAUUGGCCUGCUUGACCCUGGCAUGGAGGUCUAUGGGGGAGAAAAUAUUGAACUGGGCAUGAGGGUCUGGCAGUGCGGAGGAAGCAUGGAAGUGUUACCUUGCUCGAGAGUUGCCCACAUCGAGCGCACAAAGAAACCUUACAACAAUGACAUCGAUUACUAUGCAAAGCGCAAUGCCCUGCGGGCUGCUGAGGUCUGGAUGGAUGACUUCAAGUCACAUGUUUACAUGGCAUGGAACAUCCCAAUGACGAACCCAGGAGUUGACUUCGGAGAUGUUUCAGAAAGAUUAGCUCUACGACAGCGACUGCAGUGCCGGAGUUUUAAGUGGUACCUGGAGAACGUCUAUCCUGAAAUGAGGGUUUACAACAAUACAAUCACUUAUGGAGAGGUACGUAACAGCAAAGCUAGUGGCUACUGUUUAGACCAGGGAGCAGAAGAUGAUGACAAAGCGAUCCUCUAUCCCUGCCAUGGAAUGUCCUCCCAGCUUGUCCGCUAUAGUUCUGAAGGGCUCCUUCAGUUAGGGCCUCUGGGCUCCACGGCCUUUCUGCCUGACUCCAAAUGUCUCAUUGAUGAUGGGAAAGGCAGGACCCCUACUCUGAAGAAAUGUGAAGAUGUCCUGAGACCAGCACAAAGACUCUGGGAUUUUACACAGAAUGGUCCAAUCAUCAGCAGAAACACUGGACGGUGUCUAGAAGUGGAAAUGUCAAAGGAUGCCAAUUUUGGGCUCAGACUUGUGGUACAAAGGUGCUCGGGGCAAAAAUGGGUGAUUAGAAACUGGAUAAAACAUGGUCGACAUUGACUACUGGGGCUGAGAAGCCAUCGUCCAUUGCUCGGUGUGCGAUCCCCUUCAAGGCAUUUGUGUUAAAGCAGACUACUAUGAAAAGGAGUUGACUGCCCAGGGCCAUGGACUAUUAGGCACUGGCUAACAAACAGGCAAAUAAGCAUCCUGCCUGACUCUCCCUCAGAUCAAUGGAUGCCCUGGAAAUCUUGGGAUGGUCAAACCGAACAGAGAAGUGGGCUCAUUCCCGCUCUCCCAGAGGAAUUAAAAGACAGCUGUGUCUGUGAUGAGUUCAAAGGGGAGUUUCCUCUACUGCCUCAUUAAAAAGAAUCCUCUGAUGGAGAGCUUUUUAGCUUUAAGUUAUUGACUGGUGCACAACUCCUAUGAUGAAUAAUCAUGUGCCUUUUCUACUGUACUUCCUAUACAAGUGGACUUGGAAAUCCCAUCUUUUCAGCAUGUCUGGUUCAUUGUACUAAACAGCUAAAAACUGUGAAUAAAUAACACUGCAAAAUAUGCUAUAUUGUAAAUGUCAAGGGUGGUUGCCUGAGCGUCGGUAUUUAUAGGAAGAGCCAGUUCUACACAUGUUUACAAGGGGUUUUGCACCCUCAGCCUGCUCGAAAGCAGCAUCCUGGGGGUCCUCAUGUAAAUUCUGAAUAGUUAAAACAUCAACACGCUCCAUUUUAUUGUCACUUCUAAGUCUUGCCAGUAGAAAAGAAACACAAUACAGCACUUCCUUAUGUAACUCCUUAGGGACAAUGUAUGUACUAUAGUUUGGAUGUAUAGAACAUCCAUCUAGAGCCUACCCUCUGACUGCAGUUACAAUGUAAGGCAUAACACUGCACCCACGAGGCUCUGCAUUGAAAUCGGGGGGAGCUGCUGGAUACUCAUUGCUUGAGAGAAUUAGGUGACUUAUUUAGGUGACUAAUCCGCACUUCGGAGCUUGCCGUUAGGCUCUUAUUUUUAAAGAUCUUGCACCCCUGCUACACAUCCCGUAGGCCUGCAGAAUGUCAGUGAUCACAAGGGCUCAUUUCUUGCCAUAACCACGUCCCUUUAUCACUUGAGAAAAGAGACACGGAUAAAUCCUAACGUUGUCCAAGAUUAGAACAAGAAAGAACCAGAAAACAUAAAAAGUACCAUUUCUAUUAAUGUGCCAUUGAUACAUUUUACUCUUGUUGACCUAUAUAAUCCUUAGCAGUGAUGGCAUCUUUGUAGGCUUGCACUUCACUGCAUGACCCAUCAGGGUCUGUGUGCAAAGGGCUAGAACAAGGAUGAGAUAUGAUCCAAUGGUCAUUGAAGUCAAUGGAAAGACUCCUAUUGGCUUCAGUGAGCUUUGGAUCAGGCCCAUGAUGCGUAGCUUUUUGCAACACAGGAGUCAGUCACAGUGUAAAGUGGUAAGAGGGGAAGGGAAUAUCUGUUAGAAUUCACUAAGGCUCACAUAGGUAAUUACAGACACCAUGGUAGAGUGAAUUAGAUGAUCUGUUUAUCAAAGAGCUUGCAGUUCCCAUUUCAAGGCAAGUGGAGCAACAUGAAA